CAUGCAUGAAGGAAAGCAAGUACAGCAUGGCAACGCGCAGACAUCCAGCACAUUAAAGUUUCGUUUUACUCUCUCAAUCCCACUUACCUACCCAAACAUAUCUUUCAAUUAAUGUUCCUCUACUUAGUUGCUCUUUCCUCUUAUAUAAACUCUCGUUCAUUUUUUCUAUCACCAUCUCAAUUUCUUCACUUCUUUCUCUUGAUUCUAUAUAACCACUACUCACAUCUCUUCUCUAGAGAUACAUAUCAGGUUAUAUAUAAAUCAAAUAACAUCAAUAUAUACAAUACAUGAAUUUGAAAAUGACAGUUUUCCAGGAAUUCCUUAACAAGUGGCAAAAGAUGGGUAAUAGUGUCGCGCCUACUGCUGACUGUGACAACUGCUGCCAAUGGGCAUUGUGGCGCUUCAGGCAUCAGGAAGAAGAAGACUAUAUUCCCAGAGAUGUCCCGAAGGGUCACUUGGUAGUUUAUGUUGGUAAAGAUUACAAGAGAUAUGUAAUCAGAAUCACUUUACUUGACAACCCGCUCUUUAAGGCAUUGCUUGAUCAAGCUCGAGAGGAGUAUGAUUUCACAGCUACCUCAAAACUCUGGAUACCUUGCGAUGAGGACGUCUUUCUCAGUGUUCUUCGAUGUGCAAAGUCUCGAUGGCAUUAAAAUGUCAUUUGGUCUUUAAGGAGACAUUAGACAGAGCUCUUCCCCAUAUCCUAAUUUUAAUCGUUAACUUUGAUUCCUAGUGCUAUCUUCUUGUAUGUUCUGCCAAGUAUUGAAACUGUAUAUCUGUCUGACCAUUGCACUUAAAAGCAUAAAGUAUAUUAUAAAUUGUAGAGUAGCAGAAUUUUGGGGAGUGGGAGAUUAAGAAUUCAAGAGUUUCAACUCCUUUGUAGCUUAAGGAACUUGGUUUGCGUAUCUACUCAA